UUGGUCUCUGUAAUUAUAAAUGUAGCUCCAUACGUAUGGUUAAUGAUAUCAAAUUAUUCCAUCAUCUCACUUCUUAUAAUCAAGACCCCUGUAUUGCUUUACAUUGGUAGAUAUUUCACCAAUAGCUUUUGCAUUAAUGGCGUGAUCUACUGCUACAAUGUGCUCUACGGCGGCCGGUGGGACACAUUUGCAGGAUGCUUUGUGCUGGUGGCAUUCGACGUUAGGUCGGAGAGUCUCCACCGGAUACCUCUUCCUCCGGAAACAUAUGCUAAAGAUGUCACAAAUUCCUGGGUGCUAGAAAUCAGCGGGCAGUUUGCUAUCAUUAAUGUCCAUGAGAACAAGCAAUUUAGUGUUUGGACCUUGGAAACGGCAGAGAAAUCGCCAUCUCGCUGGAAGAAGCGUUCUUUCCCCUUUCCAUUAGAUGAAGAGAUUCAGCAGGCCGGCAGAGAGUUCUUUUCCAGGACUUCUAUUAAUGCUACUUCAUCUGGGGAAAUCGUAUUGUUAAAGUUGAAUGAAACACCCUCUCUUUGGGUUUUAUUGGGGGCAGACUCUGUCUGGAAGAAAUUUCGAAUUGAGGGGAUUGCUGAAUAUUCGUGUGAAGCUGUGGUUGCGCAAAACAUUGCCCAGACUCUCUUUCACUUGGAAUAAUUUUGCCGGCUGGUCUGGUCUUCUCCACCUUACCGUUCAUUUCAUAUAGCUUUUCCUCUUUCAUUUACUUCUUUAGUUUCUGCUUCCUAGCUACUCUGUAUUUAAUUAUAUAGUCACCUAGAAUAUUCUUUAUACUCGUAUAGAAAAGUAUAACUCACCGAACCCAAUUAAGCGAUUGGUUUCUUUUGUUAGCGUGACUAUUAGCUCUGUAUUAGAGGGUGAUGUUAAACACCUUUUAACUUGCUUCGAGCCUUCGAGUGAUACAAAAACAUGGCCUAAAUGCCUAAUAC